AACAGCAGCAACAAGAUGAUAAAAUUGUUUCAUCUUCAUUGGACUCAAGUAGUUGGGAGUUCAGCACCUCUAUAGUAGGCUAAAGGGGAAAAAACAUAGUUUCCGUUAACUACACAUUUGUCUUUCACUUUGAAUACUUUGCAUUGCUCACAACGUUAUAACCUGGUUGAGCACCAUGAAUUAUUUUUGAAAACUUAAACCGGAAGUGCUGCCUUUAGUAAAUUAGUUUGACUGUGUUGUGAUAACGAGGUGCAGCUGCGGUAGUUGAGUAGACGUCAAGCAGAGGAAAGGAGACUGGGCCGACCAGGAGACAGCGGACAGCAUAAAUGGCCUCGCUGCCCACGGAGUGAAGGAUGGCCUGCAUGGUAUCGCAUCCAUGGCCAGAUCCACCAACAGAAGCGCCGAGGAGGGGGACUCUCGGGUAACCGCCCCCACUGACCGCGGAGAGUCGCGGGACCUGGCCGAGCCCCGGGAACUGUCUCUGGAGGAGGUGCUGAAGUCCUACGAGCAGCCCAUCAACGAGGAGCAGGCAUGGGCGGUGUGCUACCAGUGCUGCAGCGGGCUGAGGGUGCCCCGCCCGCCGGCCGGGAGAGUCAGCCGGGUGAAGGACCCGUCCUCCAUCCUCCUGCGCAGGGACGGAACCGUGUCAUUACAGCAGGAGCCCCGACACAACGAUGAUACUGAUGCGCCUCCUCUUCCACCUGCUACCGAGCGUCAGCUGGUCCAUUCGCUUGGUGUGGCCAUCUACCGAGCUCUGGACUGGGGACUGGACGACAGCGAGGAGCGGGAGCUCAGCCCGCAGCUGGAGCGCCUCAUCGAACGCAUGGCUGCGGGGGACCAGGACGAAGAGGGUGACAGCACGGCCGGGAACGGUACAACGGAUGAGGGGUACAGUGGCCAGGAGGAGGAGGAGGAAGAGGAGGAGCAGGAGGGAGUGAUAAAGCCGGUGUGUACGUUCCGCCAGGUGAUGGCGCUGUGUGCGUCUCGGCUGACCAACCCAAGCUUGGUUCCAGAGCACUACCAGGCUGUCUGCAGGGCUCUGUUUGUAGAGACUCUUGAGCUGCAGACCUUCCUCAUCAAGAUCAGAGAUGCUAAGGAGAUGCUGAAGAAGAUCACAACAGGGGAAGCUGUGGAAGACUCUACAGCUGAGCUGGACGCACUGAAGCACAGAGACUGGGCACGUCUGUGGGUGCAGCUGAUGAAGGAGCUCAGGCAGGGAGUGAAGCUGAAGAAGGUGCAGGAGCAGCCGUUCAACCCGCUGCCCACCGAGUUCAGCCUCACACCCUUUGAGAUGCUGAUGCAGGACAUACGAACUCGCAAGUUCCAGCUACGCAAAGUCAUGGUAUCGGAGCGCAGCCUCCCCCCUCCUCCCCCGCAGCAGCAGUCCCUCCAUGACCGGGUCCUGGCUGAGAUCAAGCAGGAGAGAAAGCUCAGGCCUGUGGUCCUGCCCAGCUCCAGGCCAUUUGGCUCUCUGCCCUGCCUGGCUCAGACUUGUCCUUGUAAUGUCAAAUCUACUUCGUGCAUCGACCUGUCCGUGGCAGAGCCCGGGCCCAGGCCGCCGUCCCGCCCUCGCAUCCUGCUCAAGGCUCCAACUCUGGCUGAGAUGGAGGAGAUGAACAUAUCUGAGGAGGAGGAGUCCCCAGACAACGGUGAGCUGCGGAGGGCAGAGAGCUCCCCCACACCUCUGAAAAGAGAUCGCUCCUUCUCAGAGCACGAUCUGGCCUUGCUCCGUGGCGAAAUCUUUCCUUCCCUCUCUGAGUCGGCCCGGCUGGGUGGAGCGGUGAGGCUGAGGGGUGAUAGGCCUCGGUCCAGGACGCUGACUGGCGCCGGCCCACUUCCUAAUCACAGAGCUUCCUUCCCAGUUCAGGGCUGGGAGCCGCCCUCUCCAGCCCGCCUGUCUCUGAGUUCAGUCGACGAGACCACAGAGGGAUCAGAAACGAUGUCGAGCUCCAGAGGUGGAGACAAGCACCAGUGGAUGGAGGAGUUCAGCCACCCUGUGGAGAGUCUCGCCUUGACAGUGGAAGAGGUCAUCAAUGUGCGCCGAGUGCUGGUCAAAGCAGAGAUGGAGAAGUUUCUUCAGAACAAAGAGCUGUACAAUAACCUGAAGAGAGGCAAGGUUUGCUGCUGUUGCAAAGUGAAAUUCCCUCUCUUCUCAUGGCCGUCUACCUGCUUACUGUGUAAAAGAUCUGUCUGCGGCUCUUGCAGUGCAAAGAUGAAGAUUCCCUCAAAGAAGAUGGCCCAUAUUCCUGUGUACACCGUAGGCUUCCACAGCACUCCAAAGAGCCAUGGACACAAAAGCCAAGUCUAUAAGUCCCUGCGCAGCUUAUCCCGCCGCUCAGUAGAGGAGGAGUUCCCCCACCUGUAUGCUCACGGCUGCACGCUGCGGGACGUCUGCGCUGAAUGCACCAAAUUUGUUGCUGAUGUCAUUUCCUCCAGUCGCCGGAGCCUGGACAUCCUCAACAACACUCCCAAGAGGGAGGCCAAUGCCGCUGCUGCUCAGAGACCACAGCUGAAACGCCAAUCCCACCUUGAGACUUGUCCUCAACCACACCUUCCCCAAGCGUGUCCCCCUCCACCUUACACACAGUCACAGUGUCACCCCCAGCUCCUUCCGCAGUCUCAUCAUCAACAGCAGCAGCUUCAUGCGUCAUUAUCGUCUCCUUCGCCGCAGCUCCACGCCAAGACCAUCAACAAUGUGAAUGAGUAGACUGACACUUUAUCCCUUUCUGCUCACACACACGCUCCUUAAUGAGCUGUGGUGCUGCACUACACUGUGCACACACACACACGCGCGCACAUGCACAGAAAAGUAGGGUUCUUAAAGGGUUGUAGGGGCUACAUGCAUCAUCAGUAAUGACUCAAAGAGCCAUCAGACUGCUUCACAUAAAAAUAAAUAAUGAGUGAGAAUACAUAAAUCAGUGAGGGUCCUUCUUUAAAUAUUGCUGGUUUGGAGAAUGAAAUGCAUUAUUUCACCAUUAUGCUAUGAUAUACAAAGCCUAAACUUUUCUGGAGCUGUUUAGAACCAUUUUUAGUAAAAAUCAAAUCUAAACAAUCACCACCACACCCAUCAUCCAGUUCCCAACUACAUGAUCUCCCAUAUACCACCAUCUCACUCAGCAGAUGUGCUCACACAGCCCCCCUCAUCACUCUAAGGUUUGAGUAAGAGCAGUUCUGCCUUAUCUACGGCACUAUGACUCCACUCCCUGAUGCUCACAGCUGCUGGAAGGCAAGCAUAUGGGAGGAGAAGGCAGAUAAUGAACUGCUGGUUGGGGGAGUAUAAACUGUGAGAGUUGGGUGUUAGUAGUUUGAGGAGGAUUAACAGUGUGCAGCACAGAGUCAACAUGUAACCCUAGCAUUUUAGCUGUCUGUGGUUGCCUUGUUUUUGUCAUGAAUGUAACUUAGAGACACAGAAACAGAAUUGUAAAAUGAUAAGCUUGUAUCCAGCAUAAUAACAUUUAUUUUUAAUCAUCCAAAAAAAAUGCAUUUGUAAUGAGUGGCUGCUGCAUAAUGAGGCCUCUUUUGCAUUUUAGGCGUGCUUAUAAAGUCCCAGGUACAGCUGGAUGAGGUGUGAUGGUGGCGACACUGUGAAUGUAAUGGGGUGAAGCUGCAAACUGCACCUUUAACUGAUGCAGCAUAAUGAUGCUGAUGUGAAGAGAGCAGAUGAAACUCCCGCCUCUCUCACUCCCCAUGGACGCUUGCAAUCUGCUCUGGUUUUGUAAACACUAAGUAGACCUCAACUGCAAUAAAAUCUAAUGACAAACACGA